ACGAACCACGUCGUCUCGCGCAGCGGCGGUCGAAAGGUGGAGUUUUGGUGCCCUCCGCCGGUGCAAAUUGUUUUUGCUGUGUUCGGAAAAAGCCAAGCAUCGGCAACAGCAAACAGUGAAUCAGUCCUGCGUGUGUGUUCUAAAGCAACAUAUUGAUAACUUAUCGUGGCGCAUGUUUUGACAUGUUUGUUGUGCAACCGAAAGGAAGCUACCUCGCGUCGAGGAAUCACACUUUCCAUAAGCGGUGAAAAGAAAAAGGCAAGUCCAAAUAGCCUUCGUCGUCGAGGUGUGGUGGUGGUACAGGCGACCAUAAAGGGACCGGACAAAUAUGCGGCCCGCGGUGUACGGUCGAUCGAUGUGAACACGGAAAAACGGUGGAAAAAAGUUACGAUCCGGCCGAGCGGUGUAAUCAAUAAACUUCCCACACCAAACCGCCGUUGCCGUUCCGAUCGGUAGGCGGAAAGCGAAAGUGAUCCCAGGGCACGCCAACGGGGGAGGCAAGCAACGACAAAUCAAACAGUACAAGCCAAGCACGACACAACCAUCAACAACAUGGCCAUGUCAAAGGGAUUUCGCGUGCUGGAAAAGUCCAAGCCGCCCUCGCCGCACAGUGUCCUGCUGGAGCAUCGCAACAAACCCGAGACGCUGCUCUUCGAAUCGCAAGCCGUGGCCGUCCUUUCGGCACAAGAGACGGAAAUUGUCCGGAAACAGUACACCAAGGUGUUGGACGCGUACGGAUGCCUCGGAGUGCUGCAGCUAAACGCGGGCGACACCUCCCUCCUCUACCUGGUGAUGGUGACCGGGUGCUUCUCGGUGGGCAAGAUCCUGGAUAGUGAAAUAUUUCGCAUCACGCAGACGCAGUUCGUAUCGCUCCAGUACCAACCCACGAGCGAGGACAAGGUGUCCGAGAUCCGGAAGGUGCUGAACUCGGGCACGUUCUAUUUUUCGUUCGCGGCACCACCGGGUGGCGGGCAGCAGCCACCGUCGGUUGGGUUCGAUAUUACGCUCUCGGCUCAGCGACGCCGGAGGACGCAGGAAACCGACAAUCGGUUCUUCUGGAACCGGAUGCUGUUCAUUCACCUGCUGCGGUUUGGCGUUGAGUGUAACUUUUGGCUGCUGCGGGCGAUGUGCGGCUCGGUGGAAAUUCGCACGGUGUACGCCGGCAGUAAGCAGGCCCGGGCGGCCAUCAUCUCGCGGUUGAGCUGCGAACGAGCCGGUACGCGAUUUAAUGUGCGCGGCUCGAACGACGAGGGCUGCGUGGCGAACUUUGUCGAGACGGAGCAAUGCAUCUACCUCGACAGUGAGAUCACGUCGUACGUGCAGACGCGCGGCAGUGUACCGUUGUUCUGGGAGCAGCCGGGGGUGCAGGUUGGGUCGCACAAGGUGAAGCUGUCGCGCGGCUUCGAAGCGUCCCGAGCUGCGUUCGAUCGGCACAUGCGCACGAUGAAGGCACGCUACGGGCAGCAGGCGAUCAUCAACCUGCUCGGCACGAGCCUGAUCGGCAGCAAAGAAGGUGAGGCGAUGUUGAGCAACGAGUUUCAGCGGCACCACCACGAAUCGGAGCACUCCGACGUGCCUCAUCUGGUGUUCGAUUACCACCAAGAGUGUCGCAGUGGAAACACGUCCGCACUGGCGAAGCUACGGCAGCGGAUCGAUGCGACCUGUGGUGAUAUGGGUAUAUUCUACGCGGUCGGUGACGCGGUCUACCGCGAGCAGCGUGGAACCCUCCGCACCAACUGCCUCGACUGUCUCGAUCGGACCAACUGCGUGCAGACGUACAUCGGGUUGGAAAUGUUGGCUGAACAGAUCUCGCUGAUGGCGGCCCUCGCCGACAAGAAGCAACAGAUGAGCUCUCGGUUCGAGGAAGUUUUCCGUCAGAUGUGGAUCAACAAUGGGAACGAGGUGAGCAAAAUCUACGCCGGAACCGGAGCGAUACAGGGCGGCUCAAAGCUGAUGGAUGGCGCUCGUUCGGCAGCUCGGACCAUUCAAAACAACCUGCUGGACAAUUCAAAGCAGGAAGCGAUCGACGUGCUGCUGGUCGGCUCAACGCUCAGCUCGGAGUUGGCCGAUCGUGCACGGAUACUGCUUCCCUCAAACAUGCUGCACGCUCCGACUCCCGUUUUGAGGGAAAUGUGCAAACGCUACGAAGAGUACGUCAAUCCACUCGCCUUCCGGGUAGCGUGCGGCACGUACAACGUCAACGGGGGGAAACACUUCCGCAGCGUGGCGUACAAGGACGUGUCACUCUCGGACUGGCUGCUCGACUGCCAUCGUCUGGCGCGUUCACGAUCGCUGGUUGAUUUCAGUCAGGUGGAAGAUACCAAUGAGCCCCCGGUGGACAUAUUUGCAAUCGGCUUUCAGGAAAUCGUUGACCUGAAUGCAUCCAACAUUGUUGCUGCUAGCUCGGACAACGCCAAAGCAUGGGCAGAGGAGCUCCAGAAGGUAGUUAGCCGCGAUCGGGAGUACGUCUUGCUGACGUACCAACAGCUCGUGGGCGUUUGCCUCUACAUCUACAUUCGACCCGAGCAUGCCCAAUACAUCCGUGACGUGGCGAUCGACUGCGUGAAGACAGGACUGGGUGGUGCGACCGGUAACAAGGGGGCAGCCGCGAUCCGUUUCGUCCUGCACGGCACCUCCGUGUGCUUCGUGUGUGCGCACUUUGCCGCGGGCCAAUCGCAGGUGGCCGAGCGGAACGCGGACUACGCGGAGAUCACGCGUAAGAUCGCGUUCCCGAUGGGACGGUCACUAAAGUCGCACGAUUACAUUUUCUGGUGCGGCGACUUCAACUAUCGCAUCGACAUGGACAAGGACGAGCUGCGGGAGGCACUAAAGCAGUCGCCGCACGAUCUAACCGCCGUACUGCAGUACGACCAGCUGCGCAUCCAGCAGAACGCCGGCUCGGUGUUCAACGAGUUCCUCGAGGGUGAGAUCAGCUUCCCGCCGACGUACAAGUACGAUCUGUUCAGUGACGAUUACGAUACGAGCGAGAAGUUUCGCGCUCCGGCCUGGACCGAUCGUGUGCUCUGGCGACGGCGCAAGCAGAGCCCGGAUGCGGACCGUCACCCGGGCUGGAACCCGGGCCGGCUGGUCCACUACGGUCGGGCGGAACUGAAGACGAGCGAUCAUCGGCCGGUAAUUGCGCUGAUCGACAUCGAAGUGCACCAGAUCGAUCAACAGCGCCGUACGAGCGUGUUCGGUGACGUGAUCCGCGACCUGGGCCCACCGGACGGCACCAUCCUCAUCCAGGCUACCAAUCCCAGUGGCAACGGGGCUGACUCGGGCGACGAGGACGAGGGUAGCAUCUACGACGAGAACCUAAUGGCGGCGCUUAUCCAGGAGUUGACGCAGAUCGGCGAGGUAACGCUGGUGCGUUUCGUCGGCGACACGAUGUGGGUGACGUUCCGCGAUGGCCAGUCCGCGCUGGUCGCAGCCCAGAAGCGCUCGGUGCAGGUUUGCGGUGUUCCGCUCUCGCUCCGCCUGAAGACGGAGAACUGGGUCGAGCAGGUGGAAAAGGAGAUCCUGCUCUGCACACCGAACACGGUCAGCUUCUGCGAGGGCAGCCUGUCCGGUACCGGGGACUACAACAGUCUCGGCAUCCCGGAAGUCCCAUCGCGCCCGAAAAGCCCACCGACCGCGUCCGGUGGUGCACCCACACGUCCCGGUCCGCCCAGCCGGCCACCGUUACCAAAGUCACCGCAAGCAUCACCAAAGCAUCAGCCCCACCAUCAUCACCAUCCGAGGGCGGGCGUCAUCAGUCUCGGGCAGCAACUGCUGCAGCAAAAGGUAUCGAACGUGCCGCUCGUUCCCGGACCUCCCCAGCGGCCCACCCCGCCCGUGGAGGAAUACGCCUGCUCGUCACCAAUCCCCUCCGGAUCACCGCUGCACAGCGGAGGAGGUUCGGCGGCCUCGAACUACUCGUCUACGAUCGACACCGGUGCAAUCUACGAAGAAAUUAAUGACGAUCUUGUCGUUCCGGAGCAACCGCGUGGUCCACCACCCCCACCACCGGCCCGCAGCGACGUGUACGACCUGGACGUGGUCAGCAAUAGUAACAGCAAACCGGCCACGAACAAAUCGUCACCCCCGGGAACUUCGGGCAGCUCCGGAGCCGGCUCUCCGUUGUCCUCCUCGGGGGGCAACGGGCCACCAAAGGGUAUCCCGCCUCCGCUUCCGAUGCGCCGGGGUGCACCGCCACCCAUUCCGAACCGAAGCGGUGGUCCACCUCCACUACCGGCACGACCAAACAAUCCUUAAGGCGACCGCGGAUCGAAACUCCUCCUCACUCCACCUUCAUUCCUUAGCCAUCUACUUGUCCAUGUUAAUCAUUGAGAAAAAAAUAGGAAGCUUCCUUCACCCUUCUCCGGUAGGAGAGUGACACUGAAGAAGAACUCAUAGUCAGUUUUAGCUGCAUAUAACAGAGAAACAGCCAUCGUAGAGCAAACAGAUAUACCAUAGUCGUGUCGCUUCUCCUUUUGAGUUCCAGCUGCUGUGCGAAUGACAUUCCGGAUUUCGGAUGGAAAAUACUGUCCUAUUUCCUGGUUCGAAAACGAUGAUAUUGAUGACUGCAUUAACUUUAACGGAGAGACUCUUGAGUUGAUUGCUAUCCUUAUUGCCAGUGUUCUGAUUCCAUUUUCUGGUUUAGGAGUACCAACUACUACUAUUUGUACGUUUAGUAAUAUUAUUCUAUUCUUUACCAUAGUUACUAUAGCUGUUACGAAUCGUUGCGCAAUCGACAUGGAGCGCGCGAGCGUGCAAACGAAUUAGUGUUUAGUUUGUUAUGCAAUUGGAAGUUGAACUUUUAAAGACACGCACGAUAUUGCCGGAGUGUGGCAUUAAAAAAAUCCUUGCGUCCACGGUUUGGAAAUAGGGAUGUGAUUAUUUGUGUUAGUUACUGCAUAGAUGCAUAGCUGAAGGAUGUAGAGCGAAAAUUGAUGCAGCUGCAAAACAUGUGAUGAUGCUUAAUACUGACUCAUUUUGAUGGCAAUAUGCAUGCUUAGUUAAAUGGCAGUGGCCGGGCAAGAUAUCAAUUAGUAGAACACAACACUUUAACCACCCACCCGGCCCUUGCCCAUCCCCAUUUGGCCGUGAAGCGGGAGAAGAAUAAGAAGCUGUAGGGAGCAGUCAAUCGGAUUAUUCCGACUAUCCGACCAUAUAUGCGCUUACACAGAGCUCACUCAUGCCGCCUGUGUUUAUUAUUAGGAGAUAUAUAGUAUAUCGUAUAAAAAGAAAAACAAACAAGUUACUACAUUAUUAGCUGGUUGCAGUUCAAACACCGUAGGGGCAUACCGUAGCAAUACCGUAUCAAAACAAGCAAUCGUUAAAGGACGUUUCAAAGGGGGUAGCAAAGGAUGCAACAGCAAGUAGAACGAUCGCGAGCUAGCUGCAAUAUAUAUGCGUAUGUAUCUGGGGGCCGCUGAUAAGGCACGAAAUUUAACGGAAAUCGAAUGUUGUUCAUUAUGUGUAUCUUGUGUGCGUGUGUGUGCAUGUGGUGUGAAUGUCUUGAUCGGUUUGCGAAGUUUAGCGAACAUAUUUAUCUGAUUGAACGUUUUGAGCGAUACUGUGAGUAGGGGCAGGAACGAUUGAACUACGCAUAAUAAUGUAUCACGUUAUACAAAAUGAACUAUUAUCAUGAAACGAACGAAUAAAGAUGAAAGUAACAAGUAACA